CUUCAGGACACAGGUAGGGGGAGGGGUGGCUGCAACUGUAGGAGAGAGCUGCAGAUGUGGCUAACAGGGUGCUUGCCAUGUUAUGUAUGCCAGCUUCUUACCCAAAAACUGGGGUUGGAGGUCGGAAGACAGACAAGCAAGGGAGUUAGACUGCAUGGAGGUGGAUGGGUAAUCUCUGUAGUGCAGCCUGAGUUCCAGGCUCUCCACUUUGUGACUGAGGUAAGGAACAAUCCACUCCUCCUGUCUGAGAAAGAUAGCUCUUCCCCCCCAGCUCCAGGCUCACCCCCACUCCAUAAGUACCUAGUUAAGUUCUCCGGAGCCUUCAACAUGAUGUUACCUACACAGUGGGGAAGGGUUAUCAGGAUUUGGGACCGGCAGCCCCUAGAGCAGGCCUCCUAGAUCCAGUCUGUUCCUUUGCCUCUCCUCCUGAUCAAGCCUCUGCCCACCUCUCUUCUCAGGGUGCAUCGUGGAAAGCAUGGCUGCGGUCAUCACUUGGGCCCUUGCCCUUCUCUCAGUGUUUGCGACCACUCAGGCACGGAAGAGUUUCUGGGACUACUUCAGCCAGAGCAGCCGGGGCAAAGGCUUGAUGGGCCAGCAGCAGAAGCUGGCACGGGAGAGCCUAAAGGAUAGCUUUGAGCAAGACCUCUACAACACGAACAAUCUCCUAGAAAAGUUGGGUCCCUUGAGCGGGUCAGGAAAGGAGCCUCCCCGCCUGGCACAGGAUCCAGAAAGCAUUCGGAAGCAGCUGCAGCAGGAGCUGGGGGAGGUGAGCGCCCGCCUGGAGCCCUACAUGGCUGCGAAGCACCAGCUGGUAGGCUGGAACUUGGAGGGCCUGAAGCAGCAGCUGAAGCCCUACACGGCCGAGCUGAUGGAGCAGGUGGGCCUGAGCGUGCAGGAGCUGCAAGAGCGGCUACGCACAGUGGGAGAAGACACCAAGGCCCAGCUGCUGGGGGGCGUGGAUGAGGCGCUGAGCCUGCUGCAGGAAAUGCAAAGACGGGUGCUGAACCACACAGACCGGGUCAAAGAGCUCUUCCACCCUUACGCAGAACGCUUGGUGACCGGCAUUGGGCAGCACGUGCAGGAGCUGCACCGCAGUGUCGCUCCUCACGCAGCUGCCAGCCCCGCGCGACUCAGUCGCUGCGUGCAGAACCUGUCCCACAAACUCACGCGUAAGGCAAAGGACCUGCACACCAGCAUCCAACGCAACCUGGACCAGCUGCGCGAGGAGCUCAGUGCCUUCAUCCGCGUCAGCGCAGAUGGGGCAGAGGACAGGGACUCCCCGGACCCUCAGGCUCUCUCGGAGGAGGUACGCCAAAGACUCCAGGCUUUUCGGCAUGACACCUUCCUGCAGAUCGCUGCAUUCACUCAGGCCAUUGAUCAGGAGACAGAGGAAAUCCAGCAACAGCUAGCACCACCCCCGCCUAGCCACAGUGCCUUUGCUCCGGAGUUGGGACACUCGGACAGUAAUAAGGCCCUGAGCAGACUGCAGAGCCGGCUGGAUGAUCUGUGGGAAGACAUCGCCUACAGCCUCCACGACCAAGGCCAUAGUCAUCUGAGGGAGCCCUGAGGGUCACUCAGGUUCACUCCUCAGCUCACUGUGGGAAUCCCUGCCUAUUGGGCAGAGAGGGUGAAGGGUCCUGCACAGUAUAUGUGAGGCCACCAAAGGGACUGCUGGCUCAGCCUAUUCAGACUCCUCAGUUUCCCCACUCACUUGCUUUACACUCACUAGGUUUUGGGACUCCAGCUUCUGGUGCUCAUCUGUUUCAACAUUCCAUGUGAAGGGAGUGGGGAGAUAGUGGGUGGGGGUGUGGGGGAGAGGGACUGUCUGCAAGCCACCACGGUGCUGGAAGCCUGUGGUGAUUCACCCUGGAUUUUGGCUCCUGUUACUUCUUCCCUGCCCGAUGGUCACUGUUACAGCGGAUCUGCAGAGCUCACGUGCUUCCCCAGGGCUGCUGUGCGUUUUUGUUGGAAGAGAGCAGGAGGAGAAUGUGAUGCAGAGCGCAUGGUGUGUGUGCAUCCCUACCAGUCGUGCUGCUGGUGGGUCAGAGAUGGAAGGGGGCAGAGCCCCUAUUUCCUUAGAUAACUCUGAACCCAAAUAAGGAACUGAGCUGUCUACACUGUGAGGGCUUCUAAAACCCUGUAGGGAGCAAACUGUGUGUCCUCCUCAUCUUCGGUCCUCACCUCCUGACUCUCGGGGUGAAACUGACUUUUGGUUGAAAUGAAAUAGAUGCCCAUAAUGGAAA